GCGACCAUUACAUUAUGAAAAUUAGGCGAUGACGUAAUUCAACGACAUCUACCGACUUUUGGGACAGCCAAUAGCUAUUUUCCUUACUGGGGAGUACGCAACUGAGCACGUUCGUGUGGAGGGCGUGGCCACUGAGAGGGAUCGUAGUGUCGGGAAGAGAUGCACAAUCUGCUCCACAUCUGGAUUCAGUGAUCUGCUGAGGUCCGCUCGCUGACGGAGACACUGAGGAGGAGGAGGAGGAGAAACGAGACGAGGCUGCUUUCCUCUUUCUCUGGGAGAGAUCAACAGGGCGGCAGAAGCAGCAGCAGCAGCUCUCUGACGAUGUGUGUGUGUGUGUGUGUGUGUGUGUGUGUGUGUGUGUGUGUGUGUGUGUGUGUGUUUCUUCUCUCUGCUCCUCCCGCGACGUUGAUGGGCUAAAAAACAACAGGCGGACCGAGCUUCCUCUCCUCUUCUCAUGAAGGACUGCACAGGUCCGAACGUUCAGCAGCGACACUAACGGAGUUGUGUGAACGCGUCGUGGUUCUUCUGGAUACACAAGCUUCCGGUGUGUCUGAGACGUUCAGGCACCGUCAGGAAAACAGAGAGACAGAGAGACGCAGUUUGUGUAGACAUAAUGGCGGGCCUUUUAGAUUAAGCCUGCUUAAGUAAGACCUUACAUUAUCACAGAAUGUAAUCAAAUAACACAACGUCCAGGAGAGUUGUUGAACUGGAGGCCUACAUGGCUAUUUUUUCUAUUUAAAAUGUGUUAGCAUAGCAUUAGGCUACACAUGAAAUAGAUGGUAUUCCUUACUACCUUAGUGUCGUUAAAUGUUUCACUAAAUUCUGCAUUUCACAUUGUAUCAGACUAAUAACUGCUGAAGGUGAUUCAUUUAGUUUCAACUUGUAUGUUUAUGAUAUCUAUUUCCACCAAGAGACUUGGGAUGCUAAACAAACAUCAAUCUAUUCCACCCGUAAAGAGCCUCUGAUGGAAGCCUAGUAUUGUUGCAAGCUCCAUUUAUGACAUUGAAUUAAUGAUGAUGUGUUGGGAAAUAGUUGCUUAGUCAGAACACAUGUAUUUUUUAUGAAAAGCUCCUGGGGCCAGUGACCUGUGAUAUUCUCAGAGCUACAGGGAAAAAGCGUCACAGGGAAAUAAUGUGGCACAGACAAAAUGAACAGCCAGCAGCUGAUACAACCUCAAAUUCAACAAUAGUUUAGAAUAAUGGUAUAUAUCAUUCCAAAAAGUGCCAGACAUUACACUGUAUACUUUGAUCUCAGACACUUUUAUUUUAAUCUUACAUUUAAACUACUGUCACACAAUGACAGAUAGUUCAAACUAACCUAAUUGGUUCCUCUUUUACUAUUUCAGCAGACUUGCUCCUGUAUGUUCUCUGUUACAUUAUAUGUCAUCUAGCAGACGCUUUUGUCCAAAGUGACUUACAAUUAGUACACUCAUCAUUCAUGAGGGGCCAUUUUAGGGGUUCAGUAUCUUGCCAAGGACACUUAGGUAUGCAUAUGGGAGAGAGUGGGGUUUGAACCGGCAACCUUCUUGUUGGAGAACCAUCACACUAACCACUAGGCCACACCGCUGUUGAUGAGUAUGGAGAAAAAUUCUAACUCCAAAUGGAUGAAGAGGAGUCACCUACCAGCAGCUAUGUGUGAAUCCAGGAAACCAAAACAGACGGACAAUAUUCGGACUGGACAUAUGUGAGAUCGGGGAUGAGUUUUGUUGUGUUGUUUUUGCACAUUAUCGAUGGAGUCGACUGUAAGCACAGCCCUGUGGGGCAGCAACUACACAGCUGAAGACUCCAGGCCAAGCAACCAGCUCGUGACUCCCUCACCUGUUGUGCCGAGGGUUGUGUCCAUAGUGACCCGCCUAGUAACUGCCACCGCAGAGGCCACAGUGGGAACCACAGGAAACCUAUCGGCCUUCAGAGACGAAAGAGGGAACAAGCUCAGUCAGACCCACCAGGCAUUGACCCCGUCACUGCUGAGUACUGCAGAGGGCAACUCUUUCCUGCAGGGCAUCACAGUGGCAGCUCAGGCCCUGGUGCUCCUCUUCAUCUUCCUUCUCUCUUGCCUUGGUAACUUUGCAGUCGUCAUCGUUAUCAUCAAACACAGGCAACUUCGAACGGUGACCAACGCCUUCAUCAUGUCGCUGUCACUGUCCGACUUCCUCACAGCUGUUCUAUGUCUGCCGUUCUCCUUCGUCAUGCUCUUUAGUAAGGACGGCAUCUGGAUGUUCGGGGAUCAUUUCUGUGUGGCCAAUGGCUUUUUCAAUACCUGCUUUGGUAUAAUUUCUACCCUGACUAUGACUUUGAUCUCAUUUGACAGGUACUAUGCCAUAGUUAGACAGCCACAGGCUAAAAUAGGGCGCCAGAAAGCAACUCAGUUGUUGAUAGCUGUGUGGGUGACUGCUGUCAUUUUCUCUUUACCUUGGUAUCUGCUAAUUCAGACACCUAUAGAAAUCCAUAAGAGAGGGUUCUACCAUUGUAUGUAUGUUUUCCACUCUGGGACUUCACGCAUGGGGAGGUCUUACAGCAUCUGUUUGAUCGUUAUUUGUUAUUUACUGCCCUUCUCCCUCAUGUGCUUUUGUCAUUAUAACAUCUGUAAGACAGUGCGGCUCUCAGAGAUCCGAGUCAGGCCAGUGACCACGUACGCUUACUUAUUGCGAUUUUACAGUGAAAUGAGAACAGCCACCACAGUUCUCAUUAUGAUUGUUUUUAUAAUUUUUUGUUGGGGGCCAUAUUGUUUAAUGGGGUUGGUUACAGCAAUGGGAGACUACAAAUUCAACCCUGCAAUGGACACAGUGGCCAUCUGGUUCGCCUGGGCAAAUGGAGCCAUCAAUCCUUUGAUCUACGCCCUGAGGAACCCCAAUAUAUCCAUGUUACUUGGACGGAGCAGAGAGGAGGGUUAUCGGACCAGAAACAUUUCUACCUACCUUUCAAGCCAAACCCAGAACCGUGAGAGUCGGCUUAAUCAAGCGGAGAGGAUAAGGGACCGCUAUGUAAGUCGCGUGGGGGUGAAUAAUAACAGCCGGAUCUCCAGUUCAAGUCCUGGAAAAGGAGGAGAGGUGGCAAUGUGGGCCUGUAAAAACCCUGCUGUGUUCUUCUGCAGGGACGGCCAGCCUGACACUGCAAGUCUACCCAACUCUGUCAGCACUCGUAAGAUGAAGACAGCUGACACCAGCCUGUGAAAUUCUGGAAUUAUUCUCAAACAUCUUAUAAUGGUUUUUAUCGUAUCUGUUUGUAUUUAUUAUUAUUAUGGAUAUAGAGACUUGAAUUUAUUUCAAGCAGCUGUUGUCUGGGAUCCCGUCAAUGAUUUAGUGCAGAGCAUCCCUGUUGAGAACCAUGAUAUGUUUUGAUACUUCCGCUGCAAAGAUCAUCAUGUCAGAUAUGUUGAUGAAGCACGUGGAAUUGGAAAACUGAUGUAGGGUAUAUAGCAUUUUCUUCCUUCCAUGCUUGAAAUGUAUUUGUACUUGCCUACAUGUCUUUUUCAAACCAACAAAAAUGUCAUCAUUAGCCAUUUGUUUGAAUGCGUAAAAGAACAUCAAGAUACACCCCCCAAACAAUCAACCCCCUAAUCUCAAUCUUAACUGGCACCAGGAAGUGGUCAGUGAAGUUCACCAACAUCCUCACAGAAGAGGGGAUUUUAAACCACUGUAGCUGGCAACUAACCGCUAAAACACUAAGCAGGGAACAUCAUUUCUGGUAGCUAGCUUAUACAAUAGACAUAUUUGUACCCUAUGACUCAUGCCAUAGUUGUCAGUAUUUUAUUUCUGGUAGAGAAUGGUUAUAAGCUGAUGGUGCAACACAGCUAUUAUCCUUUUCUACAGAGGUCACAGCUAAGAAGAUGGUUUACUAGUGGAUCAAGUGAGGAGUCUCAACAAGUGAGUUGCUAAGUUAACUGGGACUUUGUCCUAGUGGGCCAGUGGACUGAUGAAACCAUGUGAGACCUUGAUGUGUGUGUGUCCCAGAACCGGGCUCACUGGGUAUCAACCAACAGCACCUGUAGUAUCAUGCUGCAGGGAUUGUUUAAUAUGUCAUCACUGGUCAAUUUUACAUAUGCCCCUCAUAGCAAAAACAGCAUUAAGUUAUGAUUCUGCUUGUCAUGGUCGUCAGUUUGGUCUUGAAUUCAAAUGUAGUUGUUUUCUCUCUUGUUCAGCUCAGUAGUUCUAUAGCAGCUCUGUGAAACUACAAUGACUCAGUAGUAGUGCAUACAUCUGCUAAAGCCCAACAGAUGCCUUACAAAACCCAGUUCAUUUCACUACAUUUGGAUUUCUUCAAAAAUCUCUUUCUUAACCUUUUUCUGAAUGAGAUUGAUGGAUUAUUCUCUAAAUCCUCUCUUACAAUGUUAUAGAAACUGAAAGAAUUUGUCCCAUCCAGCCACCAAGUUUCAAAGUUCAGUUUUUUUUGUUCAAUCUUGCUUAUAACAAACCAAACAAGUGGAAAUGGGUGAAAACAAAACUUCCUUGGAACUACACAUUUUAAUGCCUUUAUCUGCAGCAGAGUUAUCUCUCAUUAUCCGAUCAUUUGUUUUAUGGAUAUGUGAUUAUCUUUGAGUUUGAACCAGUGUUACAGCUGAGGUGAAAAGGCUGAUAUGAUGUUCUGAUUUGUUGGCAAUGUAGGUAAAAUUCCAUACAUUAAGUUUGAUUAAAGAACAUUGGAUUUUCUACAAAAAGCAUUUGACAAUGUUGUAACAUUCAACAACUGCUGCAUGAUUUCAAAGCCGGAAUUUUGUUUUGCUGGAAGCAUGACAUAUCCUAAACAAAAUGGGUUGAAUCAUACAAGAAAAACCUUUUUUACAAACUGGACGUUUUGGCCUGUCACAUCAGGAGACGCACAGACAUUAAGAGUUGCAAAAAAGAGUUAUAAUAAUAUUAUAAAAGAAAUUCUCCACUGUGCUGAAUCAGCUCUGGAGAACUAUCCUGUUGCAACCACUAUCUUUCUUUCAUACGAGAAAAUGUGCACUGGCUUGUUUGUAUUUCUUUAAACCAAUCACAAGAUCGAAAAAAAUCUGUCACAGGGAACCUUUUUUGAUAGGGUAUUUGUACGUGUGGAGGUGAUCAAUGCCUUAAAAUGAUAAUGGGCCUGACUAAUGGCUCAUCAGCCAACACCACAAAAACAGUAAAAGAUGUACAUCACCUGUGUGAGUCAUCUUUUACACUUUGUUCAGCAUGUAGGUUGGUAGUUCCGAGGUUGUUGAUGUUGUCAGAGUCGGAAGUAUCUCUCAGAGGCUACCAAAGGAGGACACAUUUCUUUGUCAUCAUAAGAAGUGUUAGUCUGACCUCGAAAAAAAGGAUUACUAUUUAGAAAAUAUGUUGUUGUAUUUAGCCAAGCUCUGAGAGUUUUCACUUUUUAGUGCUGUUGUCGCCAAAGCUGCAGCAGGGAAGAGGAUUCAGGUGCCAAGCCGAAAAGGGAUAUAUGACAUAUGUAUAUGUGUAAAUGCAUUUUCAUAUCAUCUUUUGUCAAAAUAAAUUGUUAAAUUUUUCCUCUUCAAAUUCUA